AUGUUUUCUGCAGGUGAAAUACCAGACUGGUUAACUGGUAGUUUCCUUCGCAAUGGUCCAGCUGGCUAUGAACUUGGAAGGGAAAAUUAUAACCAUUUCUUUGAUGGUCUAGGACUUCUCCACCGCUGGCACAUCAAUAAUGGCUCAGUUACUUACCAGAAUAAAUUUGUCCGAAGUGAAAGUUUUAAUGAAGCUGUUGGACGUAAUCGUGUUCUGGCUGGAGAGUUUGGAACGCGUUCCAUGCCUGACCCCUGUAAGAGUAUGUAUGAACAGUUCAUGUCAUAUUUUGUGUCUGGAGAUCAAUCUGACAAUGACCUUGUCAGUUUAUUUAGGGUUGGAGAAGAGUUUUAUGCAACAUCUGAGACCAACUAUAUUCGUAAAAUAGACCCACGAACACUGGACUCUGCAAAGCAUAAA